CAUCUCCAUAUUCAAGAUGUCGUCGUCUGCAUCGUCUCAGUUUUUCCUGAACAAAGUUGAUGAACUGCAGAAACGUUUGAUGGCUGAGAAUAGGUCUCACGAUGCAGAAAAAAAGAACAGAAAUCAAGAAACGUGUUCACCUGGUCCCAGACGACCUCGAAUGUUAGCAGGAAAUAUGGCGUCGGGAAAUACUUUUCUGGGUGCUAAUCCAUCUCGCUCGGCCUCAGAAGGUAGGAGGAGACCCAAUAUGAGCAACAUGAACCUUGACUGUAGUGCCAAGUCACCUUUAAGGGUGUUACCUGACAGUGCUGAAAUAGAUCAGAAAAUAGAGGAAAUAAUGAAACAGUCGGGAGUCUUAACAUUUGGGGAUCAGAGAUUUCUGAGCUCUGAAGAAGAUCUUCAGCCUGAGGGUGAGCUGGGCCAUGGGACAUGUGGGCAGGUCACCAGGAUGAGGCACAAGCCAACAAAUAACCUAAUGGCAGUAAAGCAAAUGAGACGUUCUGGUAAUAAGGAGGAGAAUAAAAGAAUCAUCAUGGACCUAGAUGUGGUCAUCAAAAGCCAUGACUGUCCCUAUAUAGUGCAGUGUGUGGGCACGUUUAUUACCAAGAGUGAAGUGUGGAUCUGUAUGGAGCUCAUGUACACUUGUUUAGACAAAUUGUUGAAAAGGACACAUCGCCCAGUGCCAGAAAAAAUAUUAGGCAAAAUCACUGUAGCUACUGUAAAAGCUCUGAACUACCUAAAAGAAAGACAUGGAGUUAUACAUAGAGAUGUCAAACCCUCCAACAUCCUGUUAGAUGAGAAAGGCAAUGUCAAACUGUGUGAUUUUGGCAUCAGUGGGCGACUGGUCGACUCAAAGGCCAAAACAAGAAGUGCUGGAUGUGCAGCAUACAUGGCACCUGAAAGAAUUGAGCCCCCUGACCCAAACAAACCAGAUUAUGACAUACGGGCUGAUGUGUGGAGUUUAGGAAUAUCUCUGGUUGAGCUGGCCACUGGUGAGUUUCCCUACAAAAACUGUAAAACAGAUUUUGAAGUGUUGACCAAAGUCUUACAGGAAGACCCACCUCAACUGGGGAGAGAGUUUUCUAUGGAUCUCAGGUCUUUUGUUAAAGAUUGUUUAACAAAAGAUUGUAAGAGAAGACCCAAGUAUAGGAAACUGCUGGAACAUGCACUGAUCAAGAGAUCUGAAGCAGAAGUUGUUGAUAUUGCUGCCUGGGUGUUUGAGAUGUCUCAAAUCAUGGAGAUGAAUAGACCUUCAUGACAGAGUGAUGUGGUUGUUCCCCUGAACUGUGCUGACCUGACAGAAGAAGCAAGAUUGGACUGGUCACUUGGCUGGUCAGUCUGUCAGUUGGCUGGUCCUACUGUAAGAGAUGCUACACAAGACUAGCAACACAAGCAAACAGAGAGCAGGUUACACUGGUCAGUACAUGACUCCGGCCAGGUCCAGUUCUCAUCAACCUCCGUCUUGAUCUGGGUAUAUUCUAUUAGUCUGCUCCUUACAGCUGGCCUCUAGUACACUGGGCUGUAUACAGUGUGCUCAUUCUAUUUGGAUACUUUUAUUUGAUACCUGUUUGUGGAUGGAGAAAAUCUCUUUCAAACUUAGGCUUGGUCAUUGAUCAAAGUGUUUUGUGGCUAGGAUUCUCUAGGUGUUCUCCCACCUGACAUUGCUGGAAGGCCAGGAAGUUUAACCCCAUCUUUUUUACAUGAGCUGUUGUAUCCAGAUACAUUUUGUGACAUUUUCUAUGACUGAUGCUUGUGGACAAGCAGAAUACAUUUUUGUAGAUGAGUUACUCAGCCUUAGCCCUGGGUUUGUUUACAGUGGGCCAACUGUGUGGGGGACUGUAUAUGCUGACUCUUGUUUUAUCUGAAUACUUGGGAUUGUCAGCGCGGGAUGGUACAACUAGGUUGAUAGCUUGGUGCCAGGGAUGGUACAACUAGGUUGAUAGCUUGGUGCCAGGGAUGGUACAACUAGGUUGAUAGCUUGGUGCCAGGGAUGGUACAACUAGGUUGAUAGCUUGGUGCCAGGGAUGGUACAACUAGGUUGAUAGCUUGGUGCCAGGGAUGGUACAACUAGGUUGAUAGCUUGGUGCCAGGGAUGGUACAACUAGGUUCAUAGCUUGGUGCCAGGGAUGGUACAACUAGGUUGAUAGCUUGGUGCCAGGGAUGGUACAACUAGGUUGAUAGCUUGGUGCCAGGGAUGGUACAACUAGGUUCAUAGCUUGGUGCCAGGGAUGGUACAACUAGGUUGAUAGCUUAUUCAACUGCAACUGUCAUUUGUGUGGGGCUUUCUGGAUGAUAGUGUUUUUCUUUUAGCUUCAGGGAAGAAGGUGUGAGCCUUUUGUGUGUGCAUAAUGUCAAGUUUUACUUGUGCAUGAAGGCCUCUAUGGCAAGUAAAUUGAAUAUAAGCUAAUUUGUAGUAGAAAUAUAGCUGAGGUGAGGCCUGUUGAGUGAGUUAUGUUAGGUCAAAGUUUUGCUGUCAGCCCUCAUUGAGUGGAUUUAUUAUUUGUUGGUGCAGAUCCACAUGGCUCCACUAUUUGUGAGCCACUUAGUCUAAGGUGCUAAUGUAUUACUAAGUGCUUUAAAGUACCACCUUUAUUGUUGACCUGACCCACUUUGCUAUGUCUACAUUAGCUUGACCCAUCAGGUCACUUUGCUAUGUCUACAUUAGCUUGACCCAUCAGGUCACUUUGCUAUGUCUACAUUAGCUUGACCCAUCAGGUCACUUUGCUAUGUCUACAUUAGCUUGACCCAUCAGGUCACUUUGCUAUGUCUACAUGCUUUGAAUGGGACGGUUGGGUUGAGUUCUAUUUAACAUCUUUUGGCUAAAAUAAUGACAUAUUCCAUAAUUGCCUACAUAUUUUUGGCUGUUAUACCCAAAUGUAUUGAAGUAUGAAAUCUCUUUUCUGCCUGUUGUAAUUAAACAUUUUCAUGAGUCUGACUUAGACCUGCAA